AUGAGUUAUUUACUUCCAUCACUUUCCACCAAAAAUGAAAUUAAUGAUGUUAUACGCAACACAGAAGAUUUAGUUUUAGCUUUAAGAUUUGGUAAAGCAGAAGAUUCUAUAUGUUUACAAUUAGAUCAUAUUGUAGCAAAGGCAAGUCCAGAACUUUCAAAAUUAGCCAAAAUUUUUACAAUUGAUGUAGAUAAUGUACCAGAUUAUGUUAAAUAUUUUGAUAUAUCACUCAUUCCUGCUACAAUAUUUUUCUUUAAUGCUCAACAUAUUAAA